AUGGCUGCCCCCAACAACACGCCGUCGCACCACGUCGUCGGCAACAGCAGCAACAACAACGGCUGCCGGAAGCCCGGCGCUCAGACGGAUUCGGACUUUGAAAGUGAUGCUUCCUGCUUUGACACGCCAAAGCAUGCUCCAGCUCUGAUCCGAGGAAGGAAGUCUUCGUUUCCGUCGACCCCGCAUAAGGUCGCCAUCGGGAACGGGACAUCUGAUCAAGCGACACCUACCCAAGCUCAGGAAAACAAAGUCUGCUCCGAUGUCGCAGCGCCUCCACAGAGCCCGCCUACCAUAUCAACGCACGUAGACCCUCUGAUGGGUGCAGAAACAGUGCUAGUCAACGGAACGAAGCCCACCACUCCUUCUCUCAAAUGACGUGC